UCUGGAGGCCACAUUCGCUCGCCCGCUCCCGUCACUCACCAAGAACCCCGAGAGAGGGAGAGGGGAGGGGUGGAGCUCAGCUCUUUCGUUUCUUCCUCCUCCGAACCGUCCCGGCUCCGGCCACCGCAUUUCCUCCCCACCUCCCUCGUCGCCAAGCAACCGAGCGAGCUCCGUCCCCGCCGAAGCCGGGGAGCUCGAUCGCCGCCGACCAUGGUCACGGCCGACACCAUCCGCACGGCCAUCGGCGUCAUCGGCAAUGGGACCGCCCUCGUGCUCUUCCUCUCCCCAGUGCCGACGUUCUACCGCAUCUGGAAGAAGCGGGCGGUGGAGCAGUACUCGGCGAUCCCGUACGUGGCGACGCUGCUCAACUGCAUGAUGUGGGUGCUGUACGGCCUCCCCGCGGUGCACCCGCACAGCAUGCUCGUCAUCACCAUCAACGGCACCGGCAUGGCCAUCCAGCUCACCUACGUCGCCCUCUUCCUCCUCUACUCGGCGGACGCCGCCCGCCGCAAGGUGCUCCUCCUGCUCGCCGCCGAGGUCGCCUUCGUCGGCGCCGUCGCCGCCAUGGUGCUCACCCUCGCGCACUCGCACGGGAAGAGGUCCAUGAUCGUCGGCGUCCUCUGCGUCCUCUUCGGAACCGGCAUGUACGCGGCGCCGCUCGCCGUCAUGAAAAUGGUGAUCCAGACGAAGAGCGUGGAGUACAUGCCCCUGUUCCUGUCGCUGGCAUCCCUGGUGAACGGCAUCUGCUGGACCGCCUACGCGCUCAUCAAAUUCGACCUCUACAUCACCAUCCCCAACGGGCUGGGCGUGCUCUUCGCGGUGGCGCAGCUGGUCCUCUACGCCAUCUACUACAAGUCCACGCAGCAGAUCAUCGAGGCGCGCAAGCGCAAGGCCGGCCAGGUUGCCAUGACCGAGGUCGUCGUCGACGCGGCCGCCAGGCCCGGCGGCCCAAACGCCGCCGCCGCCAACACCGGCGGCUGGAGAAUCAAGCAGCGGCCACCGUCCUUCUCUCUCCUUCCCGAAGGGAUGGAAUGGAUCGAUCGAUGCCUACGCAUCCUAAGAUAAAUGUGCUGCUGUCGCCGUCGUCCCCGCCGCUCUGGUUUUAGAUUUUGCUUCCUACCCUACUACUACUAGUAACCAUGAAGAAGAGAGAGGGAAAAAAAACGUCAUGAGAAAACUGCAGAACAAGGGCUGCACUGCACCUUGUUUUAAUCGCAUAUGAUCAUCUCCUGGCGCGGUGUUACAGCUGCUGUUAUUGAAGGGCCUUUUGCUUGUUCUGACGCAGCCUUUAGCUGCUUUCUUCGAGUC